AUGUCUUGGACUAUCACCACAACUUCCGUUCCUUCAACUAUAAUGGGUGAAAGGAAAGAUCCUAUGAAAUCGACAUGGAGACGAGGCGACAGACAUAAUUGGAAACUUGGCAACUAUCUCAUCGAGAAAUUCGGUCUAUACCAUGAUGAGUUAGAUCGGCCUGCACCCAUCCACGCCAAAGGAGAUCCCGUUCCAUAUAUGCCACAUUGGCAACUUCAUCGAUGGAUUCUCCUGCACGCCACGAUUCCUCUCCUCAUUCACCAGGCAGUAAUCUCCUGGACAGGGUACAAAAUCCACCCGGUCGCUGCCUUUAUAUUCUACAGUACCGCCAUCAAGUUAAUCGCCAUUCACCAAAUUAACACCAUGAGAGCAGUCGGUCAGCGUUAUGGCUAUCUCGAUGGCGACAAGCACGAGCGUGAUGGCGUACCAGACAAUAGUGUCCAAACCGUCCUGCGUUCUCUCAUCUCUACAGCGACAUUCAGGGCGAUGAUGGCAGUUAUCUUGGCAUAUCGAAGCGAUGAUGCCCCAAGCACAAUCAACUGGAAGCUGCUACCGUUGGAGAUUGGUUUAUAUGGGAUAGUGUUGGACUUUUGGUUUUACUGGUACCAUCGGCUGAUGCACGAGGUUGAUUUCCUGUGGAAAUAUCACCGGACCCAUCAUCUGACCAAGCACCCAAACCCUUUAUUGACAAUUUUUGCCGACAGCGAACAGGAGUUUUGGGAUAUUGCUGGGAUACCAUUCUUGACGUGGGCUACACUGAAAUCUCUUGGUUUUCCAAUGGGAUUUUACGAGUGGUGGUUCUGUCAGGAAUAUGUUAUUUUCACAGAGCUUACAGGACACAGCGGCCUUCGCAUUUGGGCUACUACUCCUAGUCCAUUCGCAUUGCCCCUCAAGUGGUUUAGGAGCGAGCUUGUCCUAGAGGACCACGAUCUACAUCAUCGAAAGGGGUGGAAAAGCAGCGGGAACUACGGGAAGCAUACGAGGCUGUGGGAUCGUGUUUUCGGUACUUGCAUGGACCGAAUAGAAUGCGCGGAAGGCGCGGCUGACUAUAACAAUACCGCAGUGAUGCCGCUACUUUGA